AGCGGUUAUUGCUUGACCCAUAACCCAAUCCUUCUCCCAAAGAACACGCGGAGGGAAGAACAAAAAAAAGGAGCCUACUUUUUUUUUUCCUUCUUGAUUCGGUCUCUUGCCAUCGAUCGGAGAGUUUUCGUAAAUCAUAGGGGAUUUAAGUUCGUCUGGUAACUCGAUCAAAUCAUAGCGAAAACGUAUUGGGGUCGGGGGGUUUUUGCGUAAUUGGGUUCGAAUUUUGCGGCGAUUUCAUCGGUCAAAAAGGGGUUUUGAGAUUUGUGGUUGUUCUGAUUUCGGUGAUGGGUUUAGGGAACAAUGCAAAGGAAUGCGAUUUCGGGGAUAAUGAUCUCGCCGAUGACGGCGGCGGUUGCGAUUCUCGCGACGGCGUUGAUGGGUCUGCUUCGGUUGCGUGUUCGAUUUGCCUCGAGACGGUGGCCGAUAACGGUGAUCGAUCGUGGGCAAAGCUUCAAUGCGGCCACCAGUUCCAUCUAGAUUGCAUUGGCUCAGCGUUUAACGCAAAAGGCAUGAUGCAGUGCCCCAAUUGCCGGAAAAUAGAGAAAGGGCAAUGGCUUUAUGCAAAUGGGUGCCGGUCUUUCCCGGAUUUCAACAAUGAGGAUUGGACACACGAAGAAGAGAUAUAUGAUCUGGCAUACUCUGAAAUGUCCUUUGGAGUUCACUGGUGUCCCUUUGGAAGCUUAGCCCGCCUUCCUUCUUUUGAGAACGGAGAAUUUUCGCCAAGUUCAUAUAACGAUCUCUUGGGCCAGCACGGUUUUUUCUCCGAACCAACAAUGGCUUCUUCAGCAGGCCACUCUUGUCCAUACAUAGCCUACUUCAGCCCGGUCCAUGCUUCGUCUUCGAGCUCAGGUUCAGACAGCUCGAGUUUCAGUAGCCACUGGAACUCGGGUUCAUCGGUGGCGGGGGGAGUGCCAAUGCCGUACUGCUACCCGGCUGUGGAUCCGCACUAUUACAGCUGGGAUUAUCACACGUCACCCCCACCACCACCUCCGUUCUCUGGAUCGGGCGCUCACAUUGGUAGUCCGCCUCAGCCAACGGCUCUGCGUAUGGGUCCGAGGACUUCAAGGGCAAGUUUGGACAUGAUCAGACCCAGGCCGCCUCCUCCUGCUCGUCCUCCUCAUUAUAUGCGCCCUUUUCUCGGCCACAGUUCGGACAGAAGGGAUCUGUCUUAUCCAGGCAGCAGCGUGAGGAGCCGAGACAGAGUUCAAGCCCUUCAAGCUUACAACCGACCACUAAGUGAUACAACUGCUGCUGUUUACCAGUCUGGUCGGAGAGGAAUAGCUUCCGUGACGGCCUCGUCAUCAGCUCCGGUGGGUGGCGGUGGUGGGUUCGUACGGUUUAACAUAUGGGAGAGAGAUCAGUCUCUGCAGCCACAAUCAGUAACGUUGAAUCAGAUGGAAAGAGACACGUCGUGUUGGACGACCGCGGCCGGAAGCUUCCACGACCUGAGACAUGGAGGCGGGUCUUCUUCUUCGUAGAAAGCUUCCCACUCUGUUCCAUGAUAUUCAUAAAGAGAAAAAAAAAACCAUUGGUGAAUGAUUUGAGACCAUGAACUGAAACUGACUCCCCAAGUUAUAUGUAAAAAAACAAAAUGGUUAUGUAAUGCUUUCGAGAGCUUGGAGCUGCUGCUCCUGAGCCCCGGCCCCAGCGGCUGGCGCGCCUGAGCUGGUUGGGGUUAAGGGUGUCGGGUCGUGUAGUUCGAAGGCGGGGGUUUGGACAUUUGGUUAUAAUUGGACAUGGGGGACAUGAAGAAAGUCCUCUCUCUCUCUC